AUGAAGGUUAAAUAUGAAUACAUGAAUUUAGGAGAUAACGUUGAAGCAUCAAUUUAUUGGUUAGUAUAUUUGAGUAAUGGUACAUUGUUUCACUUUCAGAGGGAAAAGACUGCUCGACAAGUUUGGACACCACAAUCGAAGUUUGAAGGUGUACGCCGUAUUAUGGUUUAUUUCCUCAAAAAUGAUGGAACUCCGGCUCCACCCACUGGAACUAUACCACAAACUGGUAACGCAGUUCCUCCUACUACACCUGCCGGUGGUGUUCCACAAGCGGCAAAUACAUCGGCAGCAAAUGCAUCCAAGCCAGGUGUAGUUCCGAACACAAAAGUACCAACUCCGGAUGCAAAAGAUUCAGUUCCAGAUGCAAAAGGACCUUCUGCUGCGGGAAAAUGA